CAACACAGAAAAGGACUACCAAACCACCUGGCGCCUCUUCAAAUCGUGCAUUUAUGUCAGCAGACAAAUCGCCUCUUGCUUCCCAGCUACCCCCCAUCAGCUCCAUUCCUGACAUGUUUCGUGACAUCGUUGCACGUCUUCCCGAGCUGACGGCCUUCGCGAAGAAAAUUGAAGGUCGACCACUGCGCGUCGCUACCAUGUGUUCAGGAACUGAGUCUCCCUUGCUUGCUUUGGGUCUCAUAUCCCGUUUCCUAAAGGAGGAUCAACGUGUCAAUUUACAAAUUGAACACGUCUUCUCCUGUGAAAUCGAGCCUUUCAAACAAGCCUACAUCGAACGUAAUUUCAACCCUCCAAUACUAUUCAGGGACGUCUGUGAGCUUGGCGAGGAAUAUGCAACUACUGCCUAUGGAGCAAAGGCUGAGGUUCCUGGCAACGUCGACGUGCUCAUCGCUGGGACUUCCUGCGUAGAUUAUUCGACCUUGAAUAAUUCUCAACAAGAUAUAGACGCAAAUGGGGAGUCUGGUCGCACCUUCCGGGGCAUGUUAUCUUGGGUUGCCCGUCAUCGGCCAUCCAUCGUUCUCUUGGAAAAUGUGUGCGGUGCACCCUGGGAUCGCGUGGUUGAGAAGUUCGAAAAGGUUGAUUACAGUGCUAAGCACAUACGACUCGAUACCAAGAAUUACUACAUUCCUCACACUCGCUCCCGCGGUUAUUUGGUCGCGAUUAAUGGACUUCGCCACUCGCAGUGGCCAGUGCAAUGGGAGAAGAAGGUCAUCCAGAUGUCACGGCCAACGAGUUCAACGCUCGAUGCGUUCCUGCUUGCCACCGAUGACCCUCGGAUCCAUAUUGCGAGAAAGAAGCUUGUUCACGAAGCACUAGCGUACGAGCGUAAAACUGGUUAUGAUUGGGGCAAAUGUGAAUCGAGACACCAGAAAGCCCGGCAUGAGGAGCAGCUUGGGAAUCGUCGACCACUAACCGGAUGGGAGGAAGGUGGGACGGCUAAGAUGCCCACCUUCUGCUGGAAUGACUGGUGUGCUGCCCAGGUGGACCGAGUCUGGGACUUGAUGGACGUCACCACUCUUCGUGCAGCUGCUCUGGGGAAAGAUCCUCUCUACAAGACCGAAGUGUGGAAUCUUUCGCAAAAUGUUGACAGACAGAUCGGAAGCUCGCGCAUAGGCAUUGCGCCUUGUCUGACGCCGACGAUGAUUCCUUAUAUCACCAACCGUGGAGGGCCGAUGGUGGGUAUGGAAGCCCUCGGUCUUCAAGGUCUACCCGUCGAUGAGCUUCUGUUAACUCGAGAGACAGAAGAUCAAUUGGCUGACCUCGCUGGGAACGCGAUGUCAUCUACUGUCGUCGGAACAGCCGUAGCCGUCGCCCUUGUAGUCGCGGAAAAACUGUUCCCGGCAACCAGUCAAAACAAUGAUGAUGCAAUGGAGGUUGACGGCGUGCCCCAGCCCAAGGCUACUCACGACAACGGUAACGUGGAUGACGAUAAUGCCAUAGAAGGAGAUGACGAGUUAUCUCAAACUACUUUGGAUCUUGGGGAUUCGAAGAUCGAGUCCCUUCCCGUUCUACUCUCUAAUGCUCUCGCUAGCAUCCGCAUUUGCGAAUGCGAGGGUCGAGAUGAUGUUGUUGCGCGUCCUGUCUUGCGGUGCGUCGAUUGCGGGGGCACUGCGUGUAUUAAAUGUGCCGGCAGACCCGAACACAACUAUGUUCCCAUUGACAUAGAGAAAGAGCCUCGUUCGAGGCCAGCAGAUUUCCGCAGAGUUCUAAGAGAGCAGCUUCCAAUGUCUGUUACUAUCCAUGGUGUAUCUAUGGACUUGCUCGAAAAGACUCAAGCUGGGUUAUCGAGUGAAGUGACCAAGGUCUCUGAAACACUGUGGGUCGCAUAUAAGGAGGCUGUUUCAUCGAUCCUGUCUGCAGACCUGAUGUUCCGCGAAGACAAACGGCAAGAAACAUGGACGGUCGUCUAUGAGUCCUCGCACGCUUUAUUAGAAGUUCAUCUUCAUCACAUCCGCUCUCAGCUGCUCUUAUAUGCCAAAGCAUCACCUUCGAUCCCUGCAAACAGUCCGAUACGUGAAAUGUUGAUGCAUCCUGUUGCCCGUUUGGUCUGCAACGGAGGUUUGCUUUCAGGAGAAUGGGAACUGGCUAUUCCAGUGUCACACAGCGUCGAGAUCACGGUCGAAGGGAAGGGGGAGCUCGUUCCUGCAUGGGAAGCCAAGCUAGGUUUAGAGAUCAGCCACUUGAAAAAUAAAAAAGUCUGGUCCUCCGUUUUCAUUGAUGUGGACGAAUCUUCCCAACAUCUUCUGGAUCAGAAGAUCAUGGGUGUGUUCAGACUUAUUGACAAGUGUGGCACCGCGAACUCCGCGCUGCAUGUCAUGGAAAACCGAGAGUCUGGAAUGCUGCCAUUGUACUUGUUCCUUGAUCCGACUCGCUGUGGUCUUCCGGACGACGAUUGUUUCGUAAUGUCGUCAAACAUUCGGCGCGUGGAGUAUGGAGAGCGCCGGCUGAUAGUAGGCUCGCUGGAUAAGUCGUGGCGACCUGGUUCGGAGAAUGGACCUCAGCGUGUUUCAUUCUCUCUCCCCGUCAUGUGGGUUGCAGCUCCCUCCAUAUCGUUGAAAUCAACUGAGAAGCUUUUUGCUACGUACUCAGUUCCCUCUGCUCCUCUUUCCGUCUCCGGCAGCCUUCAUGCGUGUUCAAAGGCAAAAGCCAUUGUUGUCUGCAAGGUGCCCCUGCACCUGCAAGAGAAAGAACGAACUGUUGAUGUCUGGCCCCGAGAUCGUUGGGUUGUGGUUGAUAGCAUCCAUCAACGUCCUACAUUCCGAGCGCUAACGUGGCUGACGGAGCGAAUUAGGAGCAUUGAACAUCUAAAUCAUUGGUUACCUAUCGAGUUGGACGGGGACGACACCCAUUGCAACAGAUGUGCACCUUCGCCCCCAGAACUCCGCUGGGCUAAACGCAACAGGAACGUCAUUGCUAUUGAAGAUCCGUUACAAGCCGGGAAGUAUGAGCAGAGCCUCAAGAAGAGACCCAGUCCGUUCGUGACUCAGCUUCGGUACGAUACCUCAGAGUCGAUCGGGACCCUACGUCUGGGUAUCAACGUUCCUUCCUUGACUCAUCGCGCCCUAUCGCGCUUACCCACUGUGGAUCGUCUGAACAAGCCCCUACUUUCGUGGAGACUGACCACGAGUUACACUCCUCCAGCCACUCUCAGUCCCCCGAAAUUUACUUUGAAAAGCAACAAGCAGGACCCUCCUGCGAAGCAGCCUCCCAACUUCAAGCUUCAACUGCGGCCGGAGCAGUUGCGAUCCCUAACUUGGAUGUUGCGACAAGAAUCUACUGAUGUCGAACCUUUUCUUGAGGAAGAAAUAUCAGAAGCCAUUCUUCACCCUCUUGGCUGGCGAGUGGAAGGAAAGGCGGUGCGGCCGAUUCAGAUGAGUGGAGGUGUUCUGGCGGACGAGGUCGGUUAUGGAAAAACAGCCAUCACUCUUGGCCUUAUCGAUACAUCAUUUGGAAACGCGCCAAAACCAAGAAAAGGCCUGUCCUCCCACGGGAAGAUACGCACAAAAGCAAAUUUGAUCGUGGUUCCGGCCCAGCUGACACGUCAGUGGGCAUCUGAGGUCCAAAAAUUUCUUGGAAAAAAUCGAUCCGUGCACAUCCUCGAGAGCAUGUCACAUUUAAAUAGCUUAACAAUUCAAGAUGUUCUAGAUGUGGAUAUCCUCAUCGUUGCAGGAAGUUUGAUGAAGAGCGAGAUUUAUCUCGCGAAUCUUCAAGCUUUUGCUGCUGGUGGGAAUCUUCCACACAGGGAGGGGCGGUACUUCGACGCCAAGUUGCGCCAAGUGCACUCUAGUCUGCAGAAGCAGAUCGCUCGUUUGACCAAAGAGGGUUCGUCCUCAGUUCUGGAUGCGAUUCGAGAGGCUGAAGAAAACCCCGAAACGGAUGAGACUGCAAUGACAGCAGAUUCAAAGCGACUCAAGGGGAAACAGUACCGGAAACAGCCCCGUGACAAAAUGCACGGGGAUACUGUCCCUACUCCCCGCAAAUCUUCGUCUGCCGCAACCUCGUCACAGUCCAGGCAAAGGUUACUCCCUGAAGUCCUUAUCACUACAACCCCUAGAACAGCGUUCUUGAAUAAUGCUGAGGAAGGGGUCCCUGUGAAGACAUCGAAACGACGGCGCCGGACUGUUAUCGUUUCCGAUGAGGAUGAAGCACCAGUUGACGACGGGGACUUCAUUGUUAUUUCAUCUGACUCUGAGGAGCUCUCAGCAGAUAAUGAGGAUGAAGACCGGAAGUUUACGAAAGCUAAACAGAUCAAGCGCAUAAAAUCCCGCGCCUCUAACUUGACUACUGGAAAAUCAGCGAAACGCAAAAGCAAUGUCCUAUCUGAUUCGGAAGCAUUGGGACACGGCCACGAGAGAUCCAAUUCCCCGCCCCCCAAGAAGCAGAAGUCAGCCGAAUCCAAAGCACCCCUGAAACCCAAGAAGGCGCCUCCAGCGAAAAAGGAAAAACCAAAGGAGCUUAAGCAUAUGGUUGAUCCUUGGAAACUGAAGUCUAAUGCGGUUCGUCAGGACUACACAGAGAUGCGUUGUCCUCCUCUCGAACUAUUCCACUUCAACCGUCUCGUCAUUGAUGAGUUCACUUACGUGGAGGGCAAGAUUUAUCCUCUGAUCACGAGCCUGAAGUCUGAUCAUCGCUGGAUUCUCUCCGGGACGCCCCCAACGCGAGAAUUUGCAACAGUCAAGACGAUUGCGAAUUUCAUGGGAGUCCAUUUAGGGAUUGAUGAUGAUUUCUGGGAGGGCCAGACUAAGGAAUCUCUUCGGGAGGCGAAGAAGCGACAGAAGGAGCAAACAAAUGCGGAGAGUUUCCACUCGUUCCGAGAAAUACACAGCUUAGAUUGGCACGCACAUAGGAAUGAUGUUGCACAGGCAUUUCUGGACCGUUUCGUUCGGCAGAAUAUCGCCGAGAUUGACGAGAUACCUUUCGAGGAUAUGAUGCGUCCCGUAACCCUCCCAGCAGCCGAGCGAGCAAUCUACUUGGAGCUGGAACAUCAUCUGCGGGCCCUUGAUAUGAUGAUCCGACGCGGUAAGAAGACGGAGAGUGACCGAGAGAAACGGAUGGCGGAGUCCCUCGGGAAUAGCGCAACUGCGGAGGAGGCUUUGCUGAAGCGAUGCUCGCACUUUGAGCUGGACGCAGACAGGGCCAAUGCUCUGAAAGCAUGUGAAGUAAUCGUAGAAGAGCGCACUCGUCAGUUGAACGAGUGCAUUGGCGAGUUGGAGACCGAGAUCGGUGAAGCUCUUCGUACCCAAAGUGAGAUCGGUCCUGUCGACUAUCAAAGUCAUCUUCAACAGUGGCUUCGAAUGACACACACGCCCGGCGGUGUUGGUGACGCAGAUGCCAAGAGGCAGUUGCACGACGUUCAGUCAUCCGGAGGCUUCAACUACGAGGAGAGCUUGGCGAUGUCUCAAAAAAAAGGACCAGACCUAGAUCGUGAAUCUCCCAAGACCAAAGAGGCUAGAUGGGCACAUCGUGAACAUGCCCAUUUUCUCAAGAAACUCGAGAAGGAGCUUGUAGGUCGAGUUCGGUCGCUCCGUUACUUCACGGUCGUGCGCGAUCUCCAGCGGAAGACUGAUCACAACAAACAUAGCAAAUGCCCGAGCUGUGAAAAAACCGAUCUUCCCAUUUCCAACAUAGCUAUUCUCUCAUCGUGCGGUCACACAGGUUGUCAUACUUGUGUCAUGAAUUCUGCGCAGAAUGAGGAAUGUGUCUCACGGGCAGCGACGGGCUGCAACGCUCCAGCCAGGGUUCUCAAUGUAGUUAAGGCCGAAACCCUCGGAGAAGACGAGCAUCGGUCCGCUGAUGUGAAGCACUUUGGAAAGAAACUGGAGAAAAUUGUGUUUCUGAUCAAGGAUAUCCCUAAAGACGAGCGGGUUCUGUUGUUUGUUCAGUUCCCUGAUUUAAUGAAGAAGGUUGGCGAAGCACUUACUGAAGGAGGGAUAAGCUUCCUUGAGAUCAAGGGAAGCCCCACUGCUAGGUCGAAGAAUCUAAUGGCGUUCCAAAAUCCUGAUGCAAAGGAAAAAGUUCUUCUCCUCAAUGUCGGAGAUGAAAGUGCUGCUGGAGCCAAUCUAACUGUCGCAAACCACGUCAUAUUCAUCUCUCCGCUUCUUACGUCCUCUCAGCAAUUCUAUGACGCAACUGAUACACAAGCUAUAGGACGACUUCGUCGGUACGGUCAGCAGAAAAAAGUUCACAUUUAUCGAUUCCUUACACUAGAUUCUAUCGACGUCGAACUUUUUGAGGCACGCGAUGGUCGCAAAGUUAUACGGGAGUAA